GGGAAGUCAGUGACUCAUCAAAAGGAUGAAAGAAAAGUUGCAGAGCUUCUGUAAUUCGCAAAGCCCUAAGAAUGAUGCAUAAAUAAAUAUAUAAUUAAAUAUAUAAAUAAAUACACACUCGAGCGCCAUGUGCCACUGCCGCCAGGCGCGCACUCAACCACACUCCUGUUGUUAUCCAGUGGAGCAGCAGCAGGAACAGGACCCAGACCAGGACCAGAACCAGGACGCCCAGUCUGGACCACGGCCACUCUGUGCUCCCGUUAAUCCAAUUCCACGGUGAAAUGUGAAAAAGAAGAAAGAACUAAACACAAGAACUCUCCGCACCUCACGGCUGACCGCGUGUGAGGAGCCGACGCUGCGGGCUUUGUUCGCUCGCCUGCCCGGCAGCGAGAAGGGCAGAGCGGGGCGCAGCCUUCAUGAGGAAGAGCCGGAGACUGGAUCAUGUGAGGAGCAGAGGAGCAUCAACAACUACUGCCCCGACGCUGUGACCGUUGCCUGCCUUCAAAUUUAAAUUAGAGAAGGGCAAAAAAGCCGAAGCGGAGUUUUAGGUUGUAUUCGUACGGUAUUUCCAGCCGACCACAGAGGGAACCGAACUUUACUGGGAUCCGAACAUUUUCAUAUCGACGCUGGAGGAUUUGGAAUGAGGAGAUGCGCCGAGUAUCAUGGAUCUACGACAAGGGAUAAUCGUCAGUCAGUAUCGCAAAGAAGGACAAUUAUUUACUCAGCCGAAAGUUGAAAGUGCCGUGAAGGACAAAGCCCGGAUUCUACACACCUGUAAUUGGAUGUGAGAUUGUGUUGACCCGAGACCAUUAAAAUGGAGUUGCUAUGGAAACUCAUACUGUUGCUGUCAUUGGUGGAGUGUCUGACAGGGAGUGAGGAGCAGCCGAGGCCAGUGUUUACCAAACAGCCUGGCAGUGUGGUUUUUCCCGUUCAGCCCGGUGAAAAUCGCAGGGAGGUGGUGUUUAGCUGUGAGGCCCAGGGCCACCCUCCACCCAUCUACAGGUGGAAACAAAACGACUCGUUCAUCCUGCUAAGACCAGGAUCACGUUACUCACUGGUGGGAGGAAACUUGCACAUCAGCCAUCUGAACAAAGAGGAAGACGUUGGCAUCUAUCAGUGUCUGGCAUCAAACUCCUUCGGCACCAUCGUCAGUCGAGAGGCCAGUCUGCAUGUAGCCUAUCUGGACAACUUCAAGACACAGAGAAGGAGUCCAGUGAGGGUCCGUGAAGGUCAGGGAGUGGUCCUGCUGUGUGGCCCUCCCCCUCACUCUGGAGAGCUGUCCUUCACGUGGAUUUUCAACCAGUAUCCAUCGUUUAUCAUCGAGGACACGCGGCGGUUUGUGUCCCAGAAGAACGGCAACCUGUACAUCGCCAAAGUGGAACCUUCUGACGUAGGCAACUACACGUGUGUGGUCACUAACACGGUCACUAAAAGCAGCGUUCAAGGACCACCAACUCCUUUAGUGCUACGCCAUGAUGGUGUGAUGGGUGAAUACGAGCCAAAAAUCGAGGUUCAGUUCCCUGAAGUUGUCCCUGUCGCUAAGAGCACUACUGUCACACUGGAAUGUUUUGCACUUGGGAAUCCUGUGCCAACCAUCAGCUGGAGAAGACUGGACGGAGCCUCUUUUGGCAGGAAGGUUGACAUUAAUAAAGCCAGUGGAAUUUUGGAAAUCCCGUACUUCCAGCAGGAGGAUUCUGGGAUAUAUGAGUGUGUGGCGGAGAACAGCAGAGGGAGAAACUCAGUUCAAGGAAAGCUAUCUUUCUAUGCUGCGCCACACUUCACUGACAAACCUCAGGAUGUGCAGAAGACCAUUGAUGACACACUGGUGUGGGACUGUAAAGCCAGUGCCAAACCCAAGCCGUCGUAUCGCUGGCUGAAGAACGGAGAGCUCCUGGAUCCAAUGGAGGACAGAGUUCAAGUGAACAACGGGUUGCUAACAAUCAGCAGCCUGAAUCUGGCAGACAUGGGAAUGUACCAGUGUGUGGCCGAGAACAAACAUGGCCGUAUUUUCACCAACGCUGAGCUACAAGUCACAGCAAUUGCUCCGGACUUCACCCAGAAUCUGCUGAAGGCCCAAACCAUGGCUCGACUCGGUGGCGACAUCCUCAUUGAAUGCAGGCCAAGAAUGUCUCCACGUGGAGUGAUAUCUUGGAGAAAAGGGAAAGAAGCCCUGAGAGAGAGUCACAGAGUCACUGUGCUGGAUAAUGGGAGUCUGCGAAUUUCCAAUGUGACCAAAACAGAUGCUGGACUCUACACGUGUGUGGCCAGAAACCAGUUUGGAGUCGCAAGUAGUGCUGGGAACCUCCUGGUUAAAGAGUCCACCACAAUCACCAGUCCAGCAGGACACCUGGACGUUACUCUGGGUGAGAGCAUCGUGCUUCCCUGCCAGGUGUCACAUGACCCCACUCUGGACCUCAAGUUCACCUGGUUCUUUAACGAGCAGCUCAUCCACUUGGGAAGCCACGGCGCGUUCUUUGAAAAAGUUGGUGGGCACUCGGCCGGUGACAUCAUGAUCAGGAACAUCCAGCUGAGGCAUGCUGGGAAAUAUACCUGUGCCGUACAGACCAAAGUGGACAGUGUGUCCAUAGCCACUGACGUAGUGGUCCGAGGUCCCCCUGGUCCACCUGUGGACUGUCAGGUGACCGACAUGACGGAAACCACCGCCUCGCUGUCCUGGAGGCCGGGCAUAGAUAACCACAGUCCCAUCCUGAGCUACACCAUCCAGGCCAGAUCACCGUUCUCUCUGGGGUGGCAGGCUGUUACCACUGUUCCCGAGCUGCUCAGGGGAAAGCAGCUGUCAGCCACUGUCACUGAUUUGAGUCCAUGGGUGGAGUACGAGUUCAGAGUCCUGGCAAGCAACAGCGUCGGCACAGGAGAGCCAAGCAACCCGUCGAAAAAGGCCCGCACUAAAGAAACAUCACCCAGGGUGACGCCUGCCAGGGUGAGCGGUGGCGGUGGUGGGCGUUCAGAGCUGGUCAUCACUUGGGAGCCUGUCACUGAAGAGCUCCAGAGUGGGCCCGGCUUUGGCUACGUGGUAGCUUUCCGCCCACUCGGGGCACAAGGAUGGAUGCAGGCAGCAGUCACGUCACCGGAUGCUUCUAGAUAUGUGUUUAAGAAUGAAAGUAUUCCAGCUUUCACGCCAUACGAGGUCAAAGUGGGGGUGUACAACAACAGGGGAGAAGGACCUUUCAGUCCAGUGACCACCAUCUACUCAGCAGAGGAAGAGCCCAGCAGAGCCCCAGGGAGGCUGAAGGUCAGAAGUUUAUCAGCCUCGGAGGUUGAGGUCACCUGGAAGCCAAUGGUCUGGAGCAACAACCGCAGACGCAUCCUGGGCUAUGAGUUGCGAUACUGGGGCGAGAAGGAAAAGCAGGAGACGGCCCAGGUCAUCAGGACGGUGGGGAAUAAAACCUCAGUGCUCAUCAGGGACCUGGAGGGCAGCAGCACCUACUACAUGUACCUGCAGGCCUACAACAGUGCAGGAGUGGGUCCACAGAGCAUCGUAGUCAAUGUCACCACAAAGAAACCACCACCCAGUCAAGCCCCGGUCAAAAUAAUGUGGAACACCUCCAACUCUAAGGUCAUCCUGAGGUGGGACCAAGUACACGCUCUGGAGAAUGAGUCAGAAGUAACAGGAUAUAAGGUGAUGUACAGCCAGGACAAACACAGCAGCCCCAGCGUGGUUGAGACCAACACCACCUCCUUGGAGUUGUCGCUGCCGGUGAACGAGGACUACAUCAUCCAGAUUAAGCCCUUCAGUGAGGGAGGUGAAGGCAGCAGCAGUCGCCAGAUCACCAUCCCCAAGUUAGCAGGUUCCAUAGCCACAGGAGGAGCAGCCGAGACCUCUGCACUACCUUUGGUCAACCUGGCGGCGCUAAUCCUCACAGCCACAACUGUGCUAUGACAAACAUCAGCAGGAACCAGGCACCACAGCAAGUCAAAGACGAGGAGAGGUUGACAACUGCUCUCUACCUAACACUACUGUGUCCUCUUUCAACCAGGAUUCCUUUGUGAGGAAGAUUUUUCUUCUACCUUUUUAAAGGGGUUAUUGAAAGAAACAGGCUCUUUCACGAGGUGUAUUCAUGGAACUGAAAAGACACCUCUGCUACUUGACUGCAGUGUCGUCGAAUACUUGUCUCUCCACUGCUUUUGAAGCAGUUUCUAUUCUCUUGAGGUUCGGGCCUCGGAAGAACAUCAUUGUGUGACGCACAAUAGAACGUGUACUUGUUUUCUUUGUGGGACUGUGCAGGUUUUGUUACAUUGGUAUGUAUGUAGCACUGAACUUUUCUUCAAUGAUGGUGUUGUUAAGCGGGGAUGGAGCUUUCUUAAAGUACUUACAUUCUUUAAGCGAGUAAAAUCGAACAGUAUUCGAGCUCGAGUCUCCUUUUGAUCCCCAACUGUUUCGGGGAAAGGGAAAAAAAACAACUGUUGCUCAUCUAGACAGAACAAAAGGGAAAAAAGAGAAAUUGUUGCUAUUGAUAAAUCAAACUUCUCCGCCUCGAUUCAUUCCUUUACUUACUCUUGCAUUGAAACCUCAAAGUUGCCAUGACACAAACUGGAACCAAAGGUACUGAGCCAGCGUGGUUCACUUUCUCCUGUGUUGUUGUGAGAGAAAAAGCCGCAAAUCAUCUUCUUUCGGCUUUUGUCGGAAAAAGCAGACCUGCGCUCAUUAAAUUCAUAUCUAACCUUCCUCUCACUCAUGAAGGAGGUGUGUGACGAAGCCUCCUUGUUACACACAUAGGUAUGAAAUCCUCAGGUCCCAAACGAGCCUUAAACGUGUGCUUAUUUUUCUGUGAUGUUGUAUUUAAUUUAACUUUUCUCUAAAUUGUGGUUUUGUUUGACUUCCUGUAUACCUGUUCUGUUACGGACUUGUCUUCGGGCUCCAAAUCAAGAUAGCUUUCUCUGUUGUCUCUCACUGGAUGUGGACUUUGCACAUGUGACAGUAAUCGCAGACUUUUAAGAAACAGAGCUUACUUCAAUGUGAGGAAGACACUUUCCAGUCAUCUGGUGUUUGGCAUGAGGUUGGUCACAGUUUACGUACCUGCUUUGCAUCGUCUGGAUGUCGGAACGGAUCAAACUGCUUUUAAUAAAUAUGCCACUUUCUGCAUUCCUCUGUUUGAUGUUAGGAGUCAACGCAAGUGUUUGCAAUUUACGGGAAAGCGUCAUCUCAUCAUCAGGUUGUUCCCUUCACACGGGUGCCGAUAAACCAUGUGAGCAGAUGAUGUGCAGAAAGGUCAUACAUACAGAAGGUAUUCAAGUUCAGUUAGUUUAGCAAAGAACUACUCCCUCGAUGACUGUACGCCGCAGAUUUAUUGCAGUACAAUCGACAGUGUGCAACACUGUGGGCACCUCCUGUUUCAAGUCAUUAUUCCACUAUGGAUCCUCCUGAUCAAUAUCCUGAAAGUGGAUAUUUACACAGUAAGUGCAAUCGGUACCAUCUGGUCAAUACCUGCAGCUGAUGAAUAUGUGCUUCUUAUGACUUGUUUGGCCUCUUCACACUGAUCUUUGCUCCCAGUGUCUUCAAAGGGAAGAAUCUAUCAAUAUGUUCCAUAUACAUCAGUGGAGGCUCCGUCCCAGCCCAUAAAUUGUUAAAAGUAUCAUUUGUGAGAAACUGAAAACAGAUAAGGCAGGAAAUCCAUGACAUAUUUGAAUUUCACCCAGGAGGGUUUGUUUGCCGUAACUUUAUAUUCAUAGAAAUUCUUUUUCCAAGUGUGUAAUAAAAAUCAACAAUAUACUGUGGGACGGGCAAACUGGCACAUGACUCAUACAUUCAUACUAUUUAUGCCCUAGUAAUAACUGGAAUAUAGAAAUACGUUUAUAUGUGGUAUAAACUGUCCUACAUCCAUUGAUACAUGCCCAGGUAUUUGCAUGUAGCAUUUUAAGGACCCUACUAGUUUUUAAUUAAUUGAGGAUCUCAAGGGACUCCAGCUUUGUUGCUAUAUAUAGCCGGGUGAGGGACUCGCAAAUUUUAACGGGUGUGCAACGCGGGAGAAGUGGAGACUAAAUGCCAUGGCUACUUAAAUAUUGUUUAAAUUUUCGCACACGGUUUAAACUAAGUCUCAAGUUAAGUUCAAACUUUAGUGGAGACAAAACAUUAGUGCUCUAACUAUACAUAAAUGUAACUGAAUACAGACCCUUUUUUAAUGAAACUUAUAUAUACAGUGCUUUAUUGGUAGAGUUCACACGACUUGUUUAAACAUGAGGUGUACAAUGAAGUAUUCCUAUCACUAGUUCUAAGCAAGUAGUGAACAUCUGGUAGUUCCAGGAUAUUCGCCAAACGCGAAGAGAAAGUGAGAAUCACACAUGGUGAGUAAUUGAAAGAUCAGAACAGAAUCCACAGCCUUUCCCAUGCAGCAGGUACUGCAUCACGUGUCUGAAAAUGUUAGCAGUUCUAGACAGAACUGCUACGCAGCAACCUUUUAACGCAGAAAUAUGAAAAACUGUUGCAAAUAAUAAUCAGUUUUACCCCGUGUUAAAGCCUAAUUCAGGUGAAUUUUAGUGUGUUGUAUGUUUUGUUCCACGUUUGUAGUCACUUCCUGUUUGUUGGCUAUUAAAUAAUAUCUGGACCAACAGAAUUUCUUAAAAGAGAAAGAGUAGAUAAAAAAGAAUGACAGCUGCAGGAAAUCUGAUCACAGCGAGAAAAGGUGGAGC